AUGAGAGUUGAAGGGUUUGAGGCGGAUGAGUUCACUGUUGUUAGUGUUUUAUCUGCUUGUGCUCAGCUUGGGGACUUGGAUGCUGGCAAACAAAUUCAUCACAUGAUAGAAUGCAAAGGAAUAGGUGUGAACCAGUUUGUUUUGAGUGGAUUGGUUGACAUGUAUGAGAAAUGCGGGGACUUGGUUCAUGCAAAGGUGGUAUUUGAUAGUUACAAUGAUAGGAAUGUUGUCUGCUGGAAUGUUAUGAUUUCGGGUUUUGCUGUCAAUGGAAAAUGCAAGGAGGUUAUUGAGUAUUUGCGCAAGAUGGAGGAGUCAAAUAUAAGGCCUGAUGCUGUCACAUUUACCAGUGUACUCUCGGCUUGUGCUCAUCGAGGUUUGGUUAGUGAAGCAUUGGAAGUAACAUCUAAAAUGGAGGCAUGUGGAAUCGAAAUAAACAUCUGGCACUAUGGGUGCAUGGUAGACCUCUUGGGAAGAGCAGGGCGGUUAAAGGAGGCAUAUGAGCUAAUAAAAAGAAUUCCUUUGAAACCUAAUAAAAAUAUUUUGGGGGCAAUGAUUGGUGCUUGUUGGAUUCAUUCAGAUAUGAAAAUGGCAGAACAAACUAUUAAGAUGAUUGGUACAGACUCAGCUACAUGUGUUGAUUCUCAAGAUGUGCUUCUGUCGAAUAUUUAUGCAGGUUUACAAAAAUGGGAAAAGGCUGAAAUGAUAAGGGUGAACAUGAUUGAUACAGGGUCUCGAAAGAUACCAGGAUGUAGUUCAAUCAUCCUUAGCAACUCAAAUUUGAAUUGA